GGGGUAGAAAUGGAAGAAGGCAUUUGCGGGUAAGAGCGAGGGUGCGGCAGCGGAGGAGGGUGAGAAGGAAGCACAGGGUAAGCCGUGGGCGGGCCAAUUCAAUCCUGAUGCAUUGUGAGAUGCCGCGGGGUGGAAGAAGGCAUUUGCAGCGGGAGGAGGCGGCAGCGAAGGAGGGUGAGAACGAAGCGCAGUGUAAGCCGUGUACCGGCCAGUGCGAUCCUGCUGCAUUGUGAGAUGCCCCAGGGCCGGAUGGGGUGGAAGGCGGGGGGAGACGGUGUAGGGUGCGGGGAUUAGAAGUGGAAGAAGGAAGUUGCAGAGAGCAAGGAGGUGGCAGCGGAGGAGGGCGAGAAGGAUGCACAGGGUUACCGUGGGCCGGCCAAUGUGAUCCUGAUGCAUUGUGAGAUGGCCCGGGGCCGGAUGGGGUGGAAGGGAGGGAGUGGAGAUCGUGUGUGUAGGGUGCGGAGGUUAAAUGUGGAAGGAGGCAAUGGCAGACAGGUUUGGGAAAACAAAGAUGAGAGGAAAGGUAGAGGGAAGGCAAGCUGACAGUCAAUCCUCCAGGCAUCUGGGGCAAUCAAUGCUGCUCAGGGGUCCUUCGGCCAAACGGAAGGAAGCGUGAGGGUGCUCUUUUUUUCGUUGUAUGUCUGACUUGUCGGUGUGAUAGGAACCGGACUGAUGCUCCCCAGAAUGGAUAUGGAGGACUAAUUAUGGAGGCAGGUCCACAAGGACCUGUUUUUCUUUCUGUAUUAAAAAAAAAGAAAGGAGGCAAUUGCAGAGGGAUGAGCGGGAAGCAGAGCCGGGUGAGAAGACCGCAAAGGGUAAGUAGUCGAUCGGCCAUUGUGAUCCUCUAUCACAGGAGCCUAUACUAUAGUGAUGCAAUCUGAGACAGGUAGGGUGUGGGGAGGUGGGAGGAAGGAGAAGUGGGGUAGGGCACAGGGGGUGGGGGAAAUGGGAAGGUCCUCACGGUCCUGGCUUGUCAGCUAGGGCCAGAAGAAGUGCAAGGGUGGGAUUGGGCUUUUCGCCCGACAGGGCUUGGUGAAAGAUUGCUCAGACACUGAUCGGGGAUAAAGAGUGGAGGAGGUGGAUGCUGGGAGGAGAUGGAUGGUGACGAGGGAGUAAAGGGUUGCUUCAUUGCACCUGAGCAGGCGAGGAGAAUGCGAGCGUGGGGUCCAGCUUUGCCCAAGGAGGCUUGGCGAAAGAUUGCUCAGACACCGAUCGGGGAUAAAGAGUGGAGGUGGGAGGAGGUGGGUGGUGAGGAGGGAGUAAGGGUGGAGAGAGACAUGGAGUUCGAGGAUUGAUAUCGGCCCGCAGUGCGCGGUUGGCCAGAAGGGAUUGAUAUCAGCCCACAGUGGAGGUUGUGUUCAGUUCAGUAUACUUGAUUUGUCAGUCACGGUUGGUUCCAUCAACCAGCAGUCCCGGACGGACGGACGGAUCAAUAAUGACCAUUCGUAGGACUGACCAAAUGAUAUGAUGUCUCCCAAAACAAGACGAAUUCACAGAUCGAGGUGGGAAUGUGACCACCCAUACGGAAACAGGACAAGCCGAUAGUAGAGACAAGCGCGAAGUGAUACCAGAAAAACACUUGAGAUUUUUCAAUUGUUUCCUAUAAUCCUAUUUGGAUUUUUGAACAUUUUUAAAUUGUUACUCUGACUGAGCAAGGCGAGGGAGCGGCGAGGGGGCGGCGACCUUGUACUGUGUUGAAAAUUGAAAGUUCUGUCUUGAUGUUAUGUGCAAGAAAUGGAGGGGGAAAAAAAGGGGAAAAAAAAAAAAAGACAUGAUUUGGGUUCUGAGAUGGCAUACUGCCAGUGCCCUUGAAUG